UUGCUUGGUAUUAGUGAAUCAGCAAGACAACAUUUACAGUAAAAGCGAAAGUGGAAGGCAAAUAAGACUGAAAGAAGAUCUAUUGAAUUCAAGCUAUUUGGCUUCUUGUCGUUCUCGUACCACGACCAGUGUUGACGAUGCACCUAUCGUGCUUUGGCCCGUAGUUCCGUUCAAAUUAUAAAUUCCGCACGGAUACAGCUUUCAAGAAAGAUCUGCUCUUAAGCAUGUAUUUGGAUCUGUGUACAAAGCAAAUUUAAAAAAAGCAACGUUGUAAUUGAUCCACCUCUUCCCAUUGAUGCUCCUUUCUUUCAUUUUAUCUUUCUUUUCUUCUUUGUCUGCAUCUCUUAUUGUGAUAUCCCUUUUCUACAUUUCUUUGCAAUAAAAUAGUAUACCUCGAAGGGUUCAAUGUUUUCGCAAACAGCCUUUUCUUCCAUCAUUCCGUACGGCUGGCCUGCCAUUUUCGUGUGUGGCCCUACUGUCUUACUUGCGUCCUCAAUUGCGCUCUUCACUUUGUCUAUUGUACGCUACCGUAGCCAAAUUUUGAAAACAGAACAGCAGAUACAAAGGCCUGUCAAGAAUACUAGCUUAUCAAUCUUUUCAAAAUUUAUCAUAAUCCUUUGCUGCUUCGUUCUUUUCACCUACAUAGCGGACGCUGUUGUCAUCAUCACACACGCCAUUAUAACCCCUAACAACACUAAUGAAAACACCAUUACAGUUGCAAUCUUCUCCUACUAUAUUAUUGCAUCAUGGUUCGCUUGGGUGUUUAACUUAAUCUCAUUCAUAGUCAACGGAAAGCGGUUAAAGAUGCAAUCAGAUGAUCAUGCUUCGUGGAUACAACAGCAAAUAUUUUGGAUUGAAGUAAUCGGUAUCGAUUCCUUGGUUGGUUGGUGUUGGCUUUCUUAUGGUCUAACAUUGAAACCAGGAGAACAACCAGGGACUGAACCUUCCUCUCCUAAUGCUGCCUAUGAUCAUUUCCUUUUCAGUAUCUUUGUGGUUCGCUAUGUGGUGGAAAGCUUAAUUCUUUCUGUAUUCAGCAUGAAUGUGUGGAUGAACAAUCGCCGCAGUCGUACCACCCAUAACAAUGAUGCAAGUUCUCCAUUGUUGUCGUCCAGCACAGCCACGAAUGCUAAGACAUCCACCACGGUUUCAACCUCGAAGACACAAUAUGGUGCAAUUACGAAGACAACAAUUACAACUACAACAACCACAACCGUCAAAAAGAGAAAGAAGAAGACUCCUCCAUCAACUUUUAGAAGCUUAGCACAGAAAACAUUGCAUAUUUUAUUACCUCGCAAAAGUUCAGAAGGAUUCAAUUUCAAAAUUUAUAUACUGGUUCUUCUUUGUUUUUGUGUCAUGGCACUUGGGUUUAUAGUGAAUCUAUGGGCUCCAUGGGAAAUAGGUCAUAUUAUCGAUGACUUCAAGCAAAAGCAACAAGAGCCCCAGCCAUCAGAUCCCGAUGCUGGGGUAUUCGAUUCUAUAUCAUGGCAGCUUAUUAUCAUUUAUAUUGCAUUAAAGUUCGUUCAGGGCAAUAAUAACUCAACCAACCUGUUGGAAUCAUUCAUUCAAACAAGGCUAAAUAUACCUAUCAUGAAUCAUAUCAAAAAGGAGAUUAUGUCCACAGUACAGCAGCGUAAGGACGACAGGACGCAGCAAAAACCAUCUUCUACGGAUGUUGCCGCUGCGGAGACGAAUAAUGGCAGUACUGGAGUAUUCACCAACAGUAACAGUAAGCGAGAUGAAGACAAACAACUAGAGGACGGAAUUGUCAUUCAGCGCGGAACCAAUGCAACAGUGAAGAUCUUAAAUCUGUUACUGUUCCACAUCUUUCCUUUCUGUAUCAACGUGAUCCUGACUUCCUUGUUCGUAUCAUACAUUUACGGUCGGUACUUCGGUAUUAUCAUUCUUAUUACUAUGUUUACAUAUUUGUGUGCAACACUUUAUUUGUCGCAACAUCACAUUUCUAUUGAUGGAGAAGAAGAGAACAUUGGAUUGAACGCCACUGGCACAGACGUGGAACAGACUAGUAGUACAGCUUCACCACAACCAUCAGGCAGAGAAGGUGACACUUAUUUGUCAGAUAUUACCGAAGUAACAGCUGCUGUAGCAAGUCAUUCUGUCGGAAAUACUUCAGAAGAAGAACAAGCAGAUCUGUUGAAUGCCCCACCCUCGUUUGCGCUUAAUUUAGCACAAAAUAUGAUAGUUACAGGAGGCUUGCUUGUAGGUUGUCUUUUAUUCGCUUACGAAGUGGCCAGAGGCCGAUUAAGCCCAGGUGAUUUCGUUGCUUUCAACGUAUAUUUAGUACAACUAUGUGUUCCUGUACGUUUGCGAUUUUACAAUGGAUUGAAAUUUGGUACAGAAGUAUACAAACGAAUGCAAAAAGGAUGAAGCAUAUGUAUACUAUAGUAGAUAGCGGUGAUAAUGAAGAAUAUGAAGAAUACGAGGAGGAGCAGCAGCUAGUUUCAGUAGAAACAUUUGAAACGAUUGCUAAGCCUAAAAUGACUGUUAACUUUGAGGAACAGAAUCAAAGCAAAUUUGAGGAAAAUGUUGGUACAGAUGAUAAGGAAGAUGAUAACCGAGGAUUUCCAGCAAGUAGUAGCUCCUCUUUCAUUACUGCUAGAGACAUUGGUUUGUACGGUAGUAGGCCUGCUUCACUGGUAGAAAGAGAAGGUACGGUUACUAUCAAUCCUCAAAUCACGCAAAGUACAGGAAAACGGCAGCGUGCAGCUUCUUCUGACCCUACUGCUACAGUCUCAGCGAAGGUGGAAGAAGUACCAGUUGCUCCACAGUAUAUCGAUAAGACGCGAAAGUCACGGAAUCUCGA